CCCCACGAAAGCUCCCCUAGCUAGAGCAUACGUUAGGGGGCCGCAGGCUGCAGAGACCCCUAACGAGCGGGACCCGGACGGGAGGGCCUGGUUCCUCUGCAUCACUGAGGAUGUCAUUGCUACCCAUCGGGCCCAUUACGGCUUCCCUAACGAUGGCGCGUCGAGUUCUGUUGCAGAUAGAGAGAUGGGAGUGCCAGGGGGCUGCAGAGGGACCCCCGCAGAGGAAAAGCCCGGGACCCGGUGACCCUAGCAGGAAGGGAGACAAGAGAAAGACUGAAUCCGGGUGGUUUCAUGUUGAGGAAGCCAGAAAUACAAGUGUGUAUGUGUCUGGUUUACCUCCAGACUUUACAGUAAAUGAAUUUAAUCAGCUCAUGUUCUGGUUUGGCAUUAUCAUGCGAGAUCCUCAAACAGGAAUUGAAGGUCAUGCAUUGCAGAGAUAACCAAGGGGAUCUAAAGGAGACGGGCUCUGUUGUUACUGGAAGAGGAAGUCUGUGGAGCUUGCGUCGAAACUUGGAUGAAGAGGAAAUUAGAGGCUACAAAUUACAUGUUGAAGUAGCCAAGUUUGAACUGAAAGAGGAAUAUGACGCCAUGAAGAAGAGAAAGAAGCGCCAAGACUACAAGAAGAAAUUGCCUCUGCAACAAAAGCAGUUGGAUUGGAGACCUGAGAAGAGCUGGGCCAUCCUGUUUGUCCAUGAGCGAGUUGUGAUCAUCAAAAAUCUGUUUUAUCCUAUAGAUUUUGAGGACAAUCCUCUAGUACUGAAUGAGAUCAGGGAAGAUCUUUGAGUAUUCAAAGUUGGGACAAAUCAGGAAGCUCCUGCUCUUUGAUAGACGCCCAGAUGGCCUGGCCUCUGUCCUUUGGAGACCCAGGGGAAGCCAGGUACUGUAUUCGAAAAUGAUGGGAGGUGGUUCGGUGGCUUUCAGAUCACGGCUGAAGCAUGGAAUGGAAAUACGGGUUAAUAGGUGGAGGAGGCCUCAGGAGAAAGGGAGGAAAGGCUGAGAGGAUGGAAGGCUCUCAGGAGAGACCCUCCAU